AUGAAGCCCCAUAGGCCCCAAGAUUACCACAGACGGUACCGCGGCAAAUACACAUGUGACGCAUGCGGUAAGGAAUACACGUGGAAACCAUCUCUAACGAGGCACAAACGCGAGGAAUGCGAUUACGGCGAACGCAAUAAGUUUAGUGGCAAACAGCAUCGUGGCAAAUACAUCUGCAACAUAUGCGGUAGAGCAUAUUACUGGAAACGGUCUCUCAAGAGGCACAAACGCGCGGAGUGCAAUAGGGAGCAACGAUUCAUAUGUUCCUUUUGCGGUCGCGGCAAGAAGAAACCACAAGUUCAUCAAAGACGCAAAUAUAUUUGUGACGCAUGCAAGAAAGUAUAUACAUGGAGGUGUUCUCUGAGGAGACAUAUACGCGAGGAAUGCGGUAUAGAGCGACAAUUCACAUGCGCUCCUUGCGACAAGAGAUUCAAGCACAAGCAUCAUUUAAAGGAGCAUCUCUGUCUAGGACGGAAGACGUGGAACUGCGUACAAUGCGGUAAGCGCUACCUAUGGCAUGGCUCUUUGAGGAAUCACAUACGACUGGAAUGCGGCAAAGAGCCGACCUUCAAAUGUCCCGUCUGUGGCAGGAAGUUCAAGCACAAACAUCGCUGGCAAUCGCACGCGAAAUGCAUGCACAGCAUUAAAUUGUAA